CCUCCCUCCACUCACUCACAAUCACCCUCCCCACUCUUUUCCCUCUUUAGUAAUCUUCGUCAUGGCUCCCGUCAACGACACCACUCCCGGCCCCAGUCCCCUCAGCGACAUCAAGAACCUGCUCAAGCAAUUGCACGAGAAGGUCGACCGGCUCGAGGCCAAGGUCGAAGCCCAGGUUGCCGGCAAGGAGCAGCCCAAGCACCUUCGCAUGAUCUUGAUCGGACCCCCUGGUGCUGGCAAGGGUACUCAAGCUCCUAAGAUCAAGGAGAAGUACUGUGUCUGCCAUUUGGCCACUGGUGACAUGCUCCGUGCUGCCAUCUCCAACAAGACCAAGGUCGGUUUGGAGGCCAAGAAGGUCAUGGAUGCCGGUGGAUUGGUCAGCGACGAGAUCAUGGUCGACAUGAUCCAGGACAACUUGGAGAACAACAAGGAGUGCAAGAACGGAUUCAUUCUUGAUGGUUUCCCCCGCACUGUUGUCCAGGCCGAGAAAUUGGAUGCCAUGUUGGAAAACAAGCAUCAGCAUUUGGACACUGUGGUCGAGUUGGCCAUCGAUGACAACUUGUUGGUCUCGCGUAUCACCGGUCGCUUGAUCCACGUUCCCUCGGGCCGCUCGUACCACAAGGAGUUUGCUCCUCCCAAGGUCCCCAUGAAGGACGACAUUACUGGCGAGGCUCUUGUCCAGCGCUCCGACGACAAUGCCGAGGCACUCAAGAAGCGCCUGGUGACCUACCACAAGCAGACCGUCCCUGUUGUGGAGUACUAUAAGAAGAAGGGUCUCUGGUCCCAGGUCGAUGCUGCUCAGGACCCCAAACUGGUCUGGUCCAGCAUGUUGGCCAUCUUUAGCAAGGCCAUCUAAGCACGUUUCCGUGUAUGAUUUCCACUCAAUGCCGAUAUGACCACGGUCGACGGAACGUGAUGACUCGUAGAUUUUUUUUCUUUCUUCCCUUCCCUACUCUUAAUUAUCUCUUCCUUUCACAUUACGCAUUAUUAAAAACAGGAGGAAUAAUUGUUGCAAAGUA